AUGAGCGAAACAACUCGCUUAAAAAGCACAGUCUAUGUUGGAGGCCUUGAUCAGGCCGUCACCAUACACACUCUAGCGGAGGCCUUUAUUCCCUUCGGUGAAAUUGCUGAUAUCACGCUCCCAAAACCUGAUAUUCCAUCUUCAGGGGAGCUUCACCGAGGAUUUGGUUACGUGGAAUUCGAAUUGGCACAGGAUGCAAAAGAAGCAAUCGACAACAUGGAUGGAAGCGAGCUAUAUGGACGAACGAUAAAGGUCGCUGCUGCUAAGCCGCAGAAGGAUAGCAAUGAGGGACUUGGGAGCAAGACGGCUAUUUGGGAGCAGGAGGGCUACUUGGCCAAAUACGCUGUUAGUGAGGAGGAUAGGCUAGCGGCAGAGCAGGCCAAGAUGGCAGCAGACAGCCGGCCCCAGGACCCAAUGCAGGGACUUGAAGAACUGGAUGUUGCAGGGCCCAAACCGGAGUGA